GCAGCCAGAAUGAACUAAAAAUGGUAGAUGCGAGUUCUGUUCAGCACGGCGUUGUCUUGGCUUGUGGAUCUCAUUCUAACCUGACAGCCAGCCUGCCCUGUGCAUGUGGUAGUGCGCGCAGGAAAAACGCAAGAGAUCACAACUGUGGCAUCGGAAACACGCGGCACUGGUGUGAGAACACACACGCACGCACGCAAGCCAGCUCCGCCACCGAAACACCGAAACACCUCCAACACAACGGGGGGCCUGAGGUUCUGCGCCAAGAUGGCGACGUCAGAGGGCCCCGACCUCACCUCCGCCCACGGACGCAGUGAAUCCACCUACGUGUGGAGGGAUUCCUCGGAAGAAAACCUCAAAGCUGGCUGAGCAGCUCCUGGCGGAGAAGGCCCACCCGGAGGCAGAUAUCCUCUGAGAGCCGAGCCAAGAACAUUAAGGAAGGAAGGAGGAAUGAGGCUGGAUACAGUGCAGUGAAAAAAGGCACUUCAAGGAGAGGGGUACCCACUACCCAGAGACUGGACUGGACUGUGUCAUCACAAUGAGAACUUACCGGUACUUCUUGCUACUCUUUUGGGUUGGUCAGCCCUACCCAACUUUCUCAACUCCAUUGUCUAAGAGGACUAGUGGUUUCCCGGCAAAGAAAAGGGCCCUGGAGCUCUCCGGAAACAGCAAAAAUGAGCUGAACCGUUCAAAAAGGAGCUGGAUGUGGAAUCAAUUCUUUCUCCUGGAGGAAUACACGGGAUCCGAUUAUCAGUAUGUGGGCAAGUUACAUUCAGACCAGGAUAGAGGAGAUGGAUCACUUAAAUAUAUCCUUUCAGGAGAUGGAGCAGGAGAUCUCUUCAUUAUCAAUGAAAACACAGGGGAUAUACAAGCCACCAAGAGGCUGGACAGGGAAGAAAAACCUGUUUACAUCCUUCGAGCUCAGGCUAUAAACAGAAAAACAGGGAGACCCGUGGAGCCCGAGUCUGAAUUCAUCAUCAAGAUCCAUGACAUCAACGACAAUGAGCCGAUAUUCACUGAGGAGGUUUACACGGCGACUGUGCCCGAGAUGUCUGACGUCGGCACGUUUGUUAUCCAAGUCACUGCAACUGAUGCUGAUGAUCCGACGUACGGGAAUAGCGCUAAAGUUGUCUACAGCAUCCUACAGGGGCAGCCCUAUUUUUCAGUUGAAUCAGAAACAGGUAUCAUCAAGACGGCUUUGCUCAACAUGGAUCGAGAAAACAGGGAGCAGUACCAAGUGGUGAUUCAAGCCAAGGACAUGGGCGGCCAGAUGGGGGGACUGUCUGGGACCACCACGGUGAACAUCACGCUGACGGACGUCAAUGACAACCCUCCUCGGUUUCCCCAGAGUACGUACCAGUUUAAAACCCCUGAAUCUUCUCCACCGGGUACACCAAUUGGCAGAAUCAAAGCCAGUGACGCUGACGUAGGAGAAAAUGCUGAAAUUGAGUACAGCAUUACAGAGGGAGAGGGGCUGGACAUGUUUGAUGUCAUCACCGAUCAGGAGACCCAGGAAGGGAUUAUAACUGUCAAAAAGCUCUUGGACUUUGAAAAGAAGAAAGUGUACACCCUCAAAGUGGAAGCCUCCAAUCCUCACGUUGAACCCCGCUUUCUCUACUUGGGUCCAUUCAAAGAUUCAGCCACAGUUAGAAUUGUGGUGGAAGAUGUAGAUGAGCCCCCCGUCUUCAGCAAACCAGCCUACAUCCUGCAGAUAAGAGAAGAUGCUCAGAUAAACACGACAAUAGGCUCCGUCACAGCCCAAGAUCCGGAUGCUCCCAGGAAUCCUGUCAAGUACUCUGUCGACCGACACACAGAUAUGGACAGAAUAUUCAACAUUGAUUCUGGAAAUGGUUCAAUUUUCACAUCGAAACUUCUUGAUCGAGAAACACUGCUGUGGCACAACAUUACAGUGAUAGCGACAGAGAUCAAUAAUCCAAAGCAAAGCAGCCGAGUACCUCUAUAUAUUAAAGUCCUGGAUGUCAAUGACAACCCCCCAGAAUUUGCUGAAUUCUAUGAAACUUUUGUCUGUGAAAAAGCAAAAGCAGAUCAGUUGAUUCAGACCCUACGAGCCGUGGACAAGGAUGACCCUUACAGCGGACACCAGUUCUCGUUCUCUUUGGCCCCCGAAGCAGCCAGUGGCUCGAAUUUUACCAUUCAAGACAACAAAGACAAUACCGCGGGAAUCUUAACUCGGAAAAAUGGCUAUAAUAGACACGAGAUGAGCACCUAUCUCCUGCCUGUGGUCAUAUCAGACAACGACUACCCCGUCCAAAGCAGCACUGGGACUGUGACUGUCCGGGUCUGUGCAUGUGACCACCAAGGGAACAUGCAGUCCUGCCAUGCGGAGGCCCUCGUCCACCCCACGGGACUGAGCACGGGGGCUCUGAUUGCCAUCCUCCUGUGCAUCGUGACCCUACUAGUGACAGUGGUGUUGUUUGCAGCUCUGAGGCGGCAGCGGAAAAAAGAGCCUUUGAUCAUUUCCAAAGAGGACAUCAGAGACAACAUUGUCAGUUACAACGACGAAGGUGGUGGUGAGGAGGACACCCAGGCCUUUGAUAUCGGCACCCUGAGGAAUCCCGAAGCCAUAGAGGACAGCAAGUUACGCAGGGACAUUGUGCCCGAAGCCCUUUUUCUACCCCGACGGACUCCAGCAGCUCGUGAUAACACCGAUGUCCGAGAUUUCAUUAACCAAAGGUUAAAGGAAAAUGACACGGACCCCACGGCCCCGCCCUACGACUCCUUGGCCACCUACGCCUACGAGGGCACCGGCUCGGUGGCCGAUUCCCUGAGCUCGCUGGAGUCGGUGACCACGGAUGGAGACCAGGACUACGAUUACCUUAGUGACUGGGGCCCUCGGUUCAAAAAGCUCGCAGAUAUGUAUGGAGGGGUGGACAGUGACAAGGACUCCUAAUAUGUUGCCUUUUUCAUUUUCCAGUAUGACACUGAGACAUGUGAAGUGGCUAUUUCUUCCUAUUUAUCCACUGCUCCGUGAAGGGUUCUCUGUUCUACCCGUUCCAAAAGUCAAUGGCUGCAGUCCAUGUGGAUCCAAUGUUAGAGACUUUUUUCUAGUACACUUUUAUGAGCUUCCCAGAGGCAAAUGUUUAUUUUUUAGCGCAUCCAGUUCACCAUGUCAGCCCUACAGGCGCCGUGCUGGAGGAGAGGACGGGAGUGGUUUUCCCCCUGUUCUCUUAGGGCAAGUUUGGAACAUGCUGGAUUCCGCUGGCCUGGUCUCUUACUACUUUGCAUUGACUCAAGGUCAGCUGACUGCGGUGUACAUUUCACAUGCUAAUGGGAUAAGGGAGUGCGCAUUAAUGAUAAAAAUAUAGUUUUGGUAAAAGAAGAGAGGGUGGAACAACCGUUCCUGGUAUAUCGGCUCACGAGGAGAUAAUGAACUCUGUAUGGGUGUGUAUUUCUGUCGCAAAGAAUUUAAAAUCAUAUUUGCCCGUCCUGUUUGUCCUUCAUGAUCUUUUUCUGGUACCAGUGACUUCAAAACAUCAAAUCCACCAAUGUUUUGAGAUUCUCCUUCCUCUUUAGGAAAUGAUGCCAAUUAAAUGGUAACAUUCAAAAAUAACAACCAAAAAAAACUUAGUAAGACCUCAUUCCUUGCCACUGAUUCAUAAUAUGUUAUAUAUCAGACGAGCAAAAUUUGCCCUUGCACCAUAUAAAGGGAAUGGGAAAAUAGCUAGCAAUGUUAACAGAGGAAAUAUUUAGCGUAUUUUAAAGUUUGGGCCACCAGAAUACCAUGAAUCACUUGGCGUUAUUUCAGCCAUCAGUAGGCUAAUCACAAAUAAGUCUAAUUGUUUAAAAAGUUCUUCAAGGAGCUUUUCUGAGGCAGAUUUUAACUCCUUGUCUGUAGUUGUCGUCAGUAUUAUUCUAAUAUACUUGGAAGUAACGAUGUGAAGUACAAUAAUUCAUAUUCUUCAGAUCCUUCUUACACAAUUAAGUUGCAUUAGUAAAGUUUGGCCAAUUAGAUGAAGCUCAGAUCCCUCUCUCAGAGUUUAAUGGGGAGGUAAGAGCCAGCCGCACUUGAACUCGACACCCUGUCCUUCACACCUGGAAGCACGCAUAUAUUUAUAUACUGUGAUGGGGUGAACAUUGGAAUCACAGUGAAAGCCUGCAUAUUACAUGUUCGGGAGACGCUUGCAAAGGGAAAACUUGGAUUCCCUUCAACAGGGGUGUUAAAGACUGUAAUUAAAAUGAUCGUUGACUUUCAAAAGCAUUAAUAUUUUUUCAUUGUUUUAGGCAACCUUGCCAUCCUUGUCUUUGAACUAAUGAUAAAGUAAUGGUCUUAAACUACGACAGAAAAGUAAUGUACAAUCCAUCCAAUCCGUUAUUCCUCUAAUUACACAAUUAGCAUCAUAGUUAUCCAGUGGACCCAGCUGAACUGAACCGAUCCUUUUGGCGGGUUCAAAUCAUUUAUUUCAUAUGCUGUUCUAAUGAUUUUUAUCAUUAGAAUCUUACAUUGUGCAGUCAUCAGAAACUUCCAAAGUACUGUAAUGAAAACAUCCUGGUUUUGAAAACUUAAAAAAAAAAACAGGCUCUGUAUAUAUAUAAUGUGUACUUAAGAAUAUGCUGACUUCAAUUAUUAGUCUUAGGGAUUUAUUUUCAAUUAAGGUUAAUUUUCUACAGAUAAUCUUAGUGCCAGUCCAUUUGGGGAUAAUGUCAUAUCAACACAUAUUUUCUAUUUGGAAACACAUUGUUGUUUAGUUAAGUUUUAAAUAGAUGUAUUACCCAGGAAGUAAAGGUGGCACCUUUAAGAUAAGAGAGAUGUAGUCUUCUGGGUUACCCAAGUAGAGUGAAAAAUUUUUACAACCGUAUUAUUCCUUGUGUUUCCUGUUUUGUGAUUAACUUCCCUGUAUACUAACAAGUAUUUUAUGCGUGGCCUCUUCCCUGCUUACAAGGUUUUCUUUUGCUAGUUCUUUACACACACACACACACACACACACACACACACACACUGAGGAAUGCAAACAAAAUACUACAGGAGGGCUUCACUGUAACGAAUUGAUAUAUAUCAUAGUCACAGGUAAGUGUUGAAAAAAAGCUAGCUUAGUAGAGUUAAUUAAUAAGAACUAGUUAUUUAUAGCAAUAGAACAGCACCUUAAUCACACGACUGUAAAAUUAAACAGCUCUCUAUCCUUAGGUUUCAUGUUAUGUAAUAAGCUGUAUCAAGAAAGAUAGUCCUGUAAAAAGAAAAGUAUGAUCAGAAGUCUUCCUUUUGAACUUUUGGCGUUAAUUGGAAUGUCUGAGGGUCGACAUUAGCAACUUCAGUGUUCAAGGGUAAGGUUUACUCGCUCAUAAAUGAAAGUAAGACGUUCUGCAGUGGAAUAUCUGAUAUGUAAUUGGCAAGGUAUCCUAUCCCACCCUGAAGAUGGGACAGUUGCACCGAGAACAGGUUAAUAGGACUAAAUACUGAAAUAACUGUUUAAUCUUUUACCACAAAACCUGAUGAUGAAUCUCUAAGAAACUGGGUAAUUUGAGACUGGAGCUGAGUGUUUAGCAGUAGAGCCUUAUAAGUAUCUAGGAGAAGUAAUAUUUUCCUAAAAUUAAGACUGUCUAACGUCGUGGAAACAAUAAGAGCCAUAGUUCCAUCAUUCUGUGCUGGUCUCACUUCCUUCCCACCAAGACAUCAGGUCAAAGACCCGCAUCGACAUGAACGAUUACUGGAGAAAAAAACUGGUUUUCAGCUCAGUUUUCACAUUGUCUCUGUCCUGAAAUUAGGUAUUUGCAAUAAGAAGGAUAGAAAGAGAGUGGGAAGAGGUAAAGUUUUAAUAUUUGCUCUAAUCAUUGAGAAACUAAAAUUCAGAAAAUAUAGGGAGAUUGCUUUUGGAGUGGAGUUGUUUCAAGGACUUUGAGACCCUUGUGACAUAUUUUCUGUCCUCUGUUCAAAGGGGAGAGUUUCUUCAGACCACUAAGAUAUUCCCUAGAAUAAACUGAAAAUUUUAAAACAUUAAAUUAUUGUGCAUAAAUUUAAAGCCCCUUCACUUCAUAGCACUUCCUGCUGAAGGGCCUGGAAAAUAUUUGUCCCCAAAUAAACUAAAUCCAAUGGGGGAGAAACAAAGAUGGUUCCACUGAGCCUUAAGAGAGGGAGGCUGGGCCCAUAAAUGUAUGUUUUUUUUAUAAGACCUUUCUUAGCUUUACAGUUUAAGUGCAUAAAAGGGAGGUUUGGAUAUAACCUGACUCCAUUUUCAGCUGGAACAAAACCUGGUGAUUUGAUUCUAACCCAGCAUAAAAACUUUGGUUUAGUGUUCAUUUUCAGCUCCCAAAGGGUUGUAGAAAAAGUUCUAAUAAGUUGGAGCUCUCUUAGAAGCAUUCAAAUUUCAUGGACCUAAAUUAACUUUACAGUGUUUUCAUUACUUUCAUUUUUAAGUGAUUUUUAAUUUUAGAUGUCCUGAUUUCCUGAGUAAUCCCUUAUAUCAAAUGCUUUGCCUUGAAAUAGGUGUUUCAUUGGAGAUAAUAGUGUAUAAUCUAUGAAUUGGGCAUUCCUCAAUUCUUUCUAUAUACUUGAGGACCCUAAAAAGUAUGCAGUUGAAAGGAAAGAACAAAGUUGAUUCCUGGAUGUGAAUUAAAUACUUAAAUCAGGUACAGCUCAAUUCACUUUUCCCAGGAACCAAAUAAGCUGCCAAAUAAAUAAUUUUAUCCUAGUCACUAGUCUUGAAGCAGUGUACUUACUUUGGGAGAGCACUCUAAAAAGUCAUGAUCCCCACUAUUUUGAAAGGUAUCCUCUGAAAAGGAUCAUUUCAGUGUAAACUUUUUUGUUUGUUUUUAUCUAGAUGAAAUCUUUCUUGAAUUGUCACAGGAGAUUAAAAAUCCAAGCAGUCUACUAUGCUUACGUGAUCGCUACAACCCAGCCUCCUUUAUCAGAUUGUAAGAGUGGAAAGAUUAAGAUUUAGUGUGUGGGUCUUCAGGAAGAUGAACUAUUUCCUAAAGUCUAACAAGCAGCUUUCUUUUUCAGAGAAUACAGAACUGCAGUACGGUCUUCUGAAAAGUUCAGUGGUUCUAACGGUUGCAGUGUUUUUAAUCUCCCCUUGGCAUCUUUAUGGAACAAUUUUCUAAAGGGAUAAUUCUCAGCUAAAAAAUAUCAGACCCCGACCGUAUUUAAUGUGCAAGAGCAAUACACUGACUCACACACUUGUUAAAAGUUAAUAAAGGAAUAGUUCAUUUUUAAAGCCAGAAGUUUAUGGUCUCUGCAUCGUCAAUUUAAUUUAAGCAUUGCUGAGACAAUCUUUAAUCCACUCCCCAUUUGGUAAUACCUUAUUUAUGACGCAUUUUCAUUCUUUAAUUUGGGGGGAACAUUAGUCCAACAGAGCCAGCAGACGAAAGUGCUGAAAGGAGGUCAAAUGGAAACAAAGCCUAUUACCCACUGUAUUUCAGACAGGACCAGGCACUUAGCCGAAGAGCCGCUGGGUUAUUAGAUUAAUUUCAAAAGAGCUUUUACAAGUUGCUUAAUUCCAUUUUUUUUUUUUUAAACCCAUGGACCACAAACUCAGAUUUCUCCUCAAAUGGGGUUAAUUUGACAAAUGAGGCAUGGGCCCAGCAUUGUGGAAAAAGCAUUCCACUAUAAUGAGACCUGGGUCUUUCUUGUGAGACACUGCUAUUUGUGUAAAUAUGUCUAGAGGCACCUACUAUAAGCUUUUAGUUUUCUAUGAUCUAUUAGUUUAGUGUUUAUUAAGGAAUCGUAUGUAUAGAAUUACCGGGCAUUCAGAGGGAGAGCUGUGUAGCAAACGUAAAACUGAUCUGCUCGGGAGAAACACAGGAGCGCUUCAAAACCACUGUACUGUUUUGUUUGCGAUUAUUUUCAUUGCUUUGAAAGGAAACUGUGUAAGAAUAGGGCUUAUAAUAAAUGCUACGGGUGUCUUCAGUAGUACCAGGCUGAGGCAAUUUGGCAGUCUCCCACUGUGAUUUGUGAUUUUAGACCCAGAAAAUAAAAGCUUUUUGGUAUUGAUUGUUUUUAAUUAAAAAUACUCCCAAGUAUAAACUGAAGCUGAUGCCACCCUGGAAGAUUUACUGGCGGGAGUGAUCAGUUCAUACAGUUUUUCUUGGUAUCGCUCAUGUCUUUGGCAACGUAAACACCUGAUGGCAACAAUCACUGCUCAGCUUUCAUCCACAUUUCUAGCUAGGGAGAUUUUCGUAACUUCACAGUUUACAUGAGAAAGUUUUCUGUGUUAGAAGAAUGGGGUUGAGACGAUAACCUUUCAGCUCAGUGUGGCCGGGCCUUUUGUUGCAGUCAAAUGGCAAAUACAUGCUCCUUGAAAUGGCUUCUUUUCUUUUCCUUUGUUUUCUUAGACGUAUACAUUUGAAAAGAAUGCAAUUUAAAAAGUGAUUUCUCACAAAGAGUAAAUAUGCCUUUUGCAAAUCAAUUUUUGUAACAAGUUAUUUAUAUGAUAUUACUUAAUAAACUGUUUUUUUUCUAA